CAUGCAGGGCCCCGCCGGGAACGCGAGCCGCGGGCUGCCAGGCGGGCCACCCUCCACCAUCGCGUCCGGUGCGGGCCGCUGCGAGAGCGGCGCACUCAUGCACAGUUUUGGCAUCUUCCUGCAGGGAUUGCUCGGCGUCGUGGCCUUCAGCACAUUGAUGCUCAAGCGCUUCAGAGAGCCAAAGCAUGAGAGACGGCCGUGGAGGAUAUGGUUUUUAGACACUUCCAAACAAGCCAUAGGAAUGCUGUUCAUCCACUUUGCAAAUGUGUACCUAGCAGAUCUCACUGAAGAGGACCCUUGUUCACUGUACCUCAUCAACUUCCUCCUGGACGCCACCAUAGGCAUGCUGCUCAUCUACGUGGGGGUGCGUGCUGUCAGUGUCUUGGUGGAGUGGCAGCAGUGGGAGUCUCUGCGUUUUGGCGAAUACGGAGACCCUCUGCAGUGCGGAGCCUGGGUUGGGCAGUGUGCUCUUUACAUCGUGAUCAUGAUUUUUGAGAAGUCUGUCGUCUUCAUCGUCCUCCUCAUACUUCAGUGGAAAAAGGUGGCCCUGUUGAAUCCCAUUGAAAACCCAGACCUGAAACUGGCCAUCGUCAUGCUGAUUGUCCCCUUCUUUGUCAAUGCUUUGAUGUUUUGGGUAGUGGACAAUUUCCUCAUGAGAAAGGGGAGGACGAAAGCUAAACUAGAAGAAAGGGGAGCCAACCAGGACUCAAGGAAUGGGAGUAAGGUCCGCUACCGAAGGGCCGCAUCCCAUGAGGAGUCAGAGUCUGAGAUCCUGAUCUCAGCCGAUGACGAGAUGGAGGAGACUGACGUGGAGGAAGACCUGCGCAGACUGACCCCGCUGAAGCCCCCGAAGAAGAAGAAGCACCGCUUCGGGCUGCCUGUGUGACACGCUCCUGUGCCGGGGUCAGGUUUGGGGGCCCAGCUGGCUGCCGGGUCCUUCUUUCCCUCCUCUCUGCCCUUCCUCUUCUACCUCUGCCCCUCUUGCCGCUCCGCCCGCUCCCAGACUUCUGUGACUCGACGGAGGGAGGACGGGCCGUGCCGGAGGGGUUCGCGGCAGCCGGAGGCUCCCACUCAGUUGCACUACAAACACUGACCAAAUAUGCAAGCGAGGCGUUUUGUCUGUCUGUCGUUGUCCCAGACGGUGUCCAGAGGGACCCAGAAGCCCCGUCCUGUGUCUGGCUGGGUGGCACUGAGGAGGGAACCGCGUGCACGCACACACACACGGGCUGUGGGCAGAGCCUUUCCACAAGGCUCUGGGCGCGUGGACACAUAGCACGUUUUUGGCUAAAAGUCACUCAUUGACCAAGUUGGAACCGCAAUGCUUUCUUACUCGAAAUGGCUUUGUAACUACUGAUUUCUAAAGCCGGUUUUAUGAGCUGUCACAGUGUUAAUGUUUUUUGAGUAUGUGUUUAUUUCCUAUGGGACUAAUGGGCAAAACAUAGAUUUUUAAGUCUUCUGUAUGCUGUUGACUUUUAUAUUUUUAAGUUAUAUUUUCAUACUAUUGUAUUUAAGAACUCUUUUUAAUCCCCAAAGAAAUGGAUUUGUUUGCCUUCCAUGAGAUGUGAAUUGGUGGGAAGAAAAAGUCAGGAGUUUUUUUAUUUGGAAUAUUUUUAGGUGAUCUGCGAUAAGAUGAGGUAAAUGGUCUCCGCAGGAAGGGAGAUGAGGUCGUAUCUGAAAGGAACAAACCCAGUGGGUCUGUAUAGGUCAGGCCUGAGCAGGAGGCAGCUGGCCUGAAGGUCAAUCUGGGGCCCCGGUGCAUGUGGGACAGGAAGUGCUCUGUCCACUGGCUUGGCUUUCUGCUGGCAAGUUGAGGUUUUAGUUAAAUGUGACCAAGAAAAGGGCCUAAGAGGUCUGUGUCCAGGGAAACUGAGGCCUCGAGGCCACCCCUGUGUGUUCCCUCUCUCAGAGCCUCCCAAUCUGUAGUUUAAAAUGCAGUCUGGGCCUCCUUGCCUCCCGCUGGUGUGGCCUUCAGAACCAGCUGCGCACCAGCCCCAGCAACUUCCUCUCAGGCUGCCCUCUGCCUAUUGUCUUACUGUCACCCUUUUGUUUUGCACAACGGUGUGAGGAACACCUGCCUCCAGAGAUGCAGGGCGGCCAGGGACUAGGCAGGCCAGGUGCUUCUAAGCCCAUGUGCCCUCCCCGGGGAGUGGCCCCCACUCCUCAGCAUGGCCACUGGCCCCCGUAGCUUCAGGAGCCUGCUGGCCACAGUGGAGUGGGUUGGCUCGGGCCCUUGCCCUGCUGUGGAAGCAGCACGGUGUGUUUUCACGGCCCAGAGGCAGCCACAGAAAUCAUGGAACAGAAAACUGCACCACUGAGGUGCGAGCUAGAAGUGAGACAGGUACAGGAAGGCCACCUGGCCCCAGAACCUUCCUUUAGACCUAUAUACAAACGUGCUGUCCUUAAGUAGAUUGGGUCUCAAUUGUAGCGCAGGAGCCAAACUGUUAAGCGCUGGGCCUGCCUCGCCUCUCAAAAUCUCACCCAGGGCAGGGGGAGUGGGCUUCUCAGCCCUUCUUCUCCUGGGAGUUUGGAACCAGAGGGCUGAGAGGAACUGGGACCUGUCACUGCUGUGAGCUGCGACUCUGCAAAAGUGGGUGUCUGCAGCAGGAGGCGAGAUUGUGUGCAAGACAAGUGGCCAUGUCCACUUCUGCCCUCAUUUAGGCUCUGAACCACCUCCCGUCCCUGGCCACGGUGGAGUCUCUCCCCUGGAGAAUCGGUGCUGGGGAACUGGUGACGAGAACUGACGCUGUGCCUGCCGUAAGCCAGCCCCUUGUGACAUUGCUGGCUCUCUGUACCUUUCCUCCUAUUUCAUCUUAUCUGAGCACCCUGUGCCCACCGCUGUUUCCUGUACCUGCCUGAACUCAGAAUCAGAGCUCCAGGCACAGCGAGUCAGGGAGCCACAGUCAAUGACAGGUAGAAAGUAGGGGUUAUGGAGACCUUGGACAUCUGCGCAUCUGAAGGCCCUUCCCAGUGCCUGCUAGGCAGUGGGUUUGGCAGGCAAAGUGGUGGAGAGCGAGUGGUGAUUUUUCCCUGUAUCCUGAUUUUCAAUAAGGGCUUUAGUCUCUGAGCCACAGUUGUAGAGCUGGCUGACUAGGGGAUGAGUGUCUAAUAAUAGAGGUCCUUGUGGUAUGUAGGACUGGACAGUGUGGCCUUGCCUGUUUGGCCUUAUCUUCCUGUGUGUGUGUGUGUGUGUGUGUGUGUGUGUGCAUGGGUGUAUAACACACACACACACACACACACACACACACACACACACACAGAGUAUGUAUUCCUGGAGUGUUUCCUGCAGUCACUGGGGUUUUCCUGUGGUUGGUCCACUGUCCCAAGAGAGACCAGAUGCAGAGGCCAUGGUCAGAAUCUCCUCCUGAGCUGUCCUCCCUCCCUGGGAUGAGUCUCCUCACCACCUGCCCCAAGGUGCCUUAUGAGGUACAGCUCUUUACCCAGCCACAUGGCAAGUGUCACUGUGCUUGAGAAACCAUGGGACAUCAACUGGACACUGUGUGCUGUCCUUCUGAUCUGCCCACACGUGGACCUUGGCCGAGCCACGCAUGAUGAAAGCUUAUAAGUCAGGGUCGUGAACGAGUUUUUUGUAACUGAUAGAAAUAACUUGAUGAGGUAAAAUUGUCACAUCUCAAUGGAAGGAAUCAUCGUUGGCCUUAUUUCCUUUUGUUGUCAGUGGGAUGUGGACAGUGGCAAGGGGAGGAUGUUGGUGAGAUCCUGGGCAUCAGUGGCUUCUUGGUAUGCUCAACCUUCGAGAUAAGGGCCCAUGGCCCAUCAGUUAACCCACAGACAUGCUGAUGGCCUCCUGCCUCAAGCUUUAACUCGUGCCCUUCUUGGCAACAGGGAGUCCUGGGCAAGGAUUGUCCUGUCAUGCCUUGAAAGGGAAAAGAUAAGGCUCAAGUCCUAGGCAGUGUAGUCCUGUGGCCUGCAGCAGAGAGGCCCCAUCUGUCAGCUGCCCAGGAGCCCACUCUGCCUUCCAGACAACAACUCACUGGCCUUUUCACAGCCAGGCCAACAUUGACCGCUCUAGGAAGUUCUCAUUGGCCAAAACAGCCACCUUGUAGGGUGUAGGAUUGGUGUUUAGAUGUUGCACACACUUCCAGCCAGGAGUGGAGGGCUCUUUGCUUUGCUCUGUGUGGCAGUGGCAGCUCUGAAGGGCUUUGCUCUCGGUGAGGGACUUCCGGUCCAACAGCUGACAGCUUCUGAGCUCCUGGCUGGAAGGGUGAGUUGGUUUCAUUAGAUGUCUCCUUUCAUGAUGUUUAUUAGAACGCAGACCAAUGUGAGCAAACCAUGGCCUAUUUCCACUGUCCUUCUGGUGGGGGUGUUUAAUCAAUGAUGACUCACAGAAAACCAUCUUUGAAAUGAAAGGGAAGAUGAUGUACUUAACCUUGUACAAUGGUUUACAAUAAAGUUUCACAUCUUAAUACAUUUUUUAAAAAACAAACAAA